GCUCCUUCAAGACAAUAACACUUCACAGAAGAACACAACUUGGAUUGUUUAUCAGAUAUUUUUGAGAAACUUCCAAAGGGCCAAAAUGUCGAUCCCAGAGGAUAUGGAGAUGGAGAAGAUCGCAGAAGACGAGCUGUUCAAGCUGCAACGACAGUUUCGAGUGAUGGAGAUAGACAGAAUGUCUGUGAUGACCAGCGUCCAGCCAACCCUUCGCGUGCAGAGGAACAUGAUUCGCACUCUGAACAACGAUUUGGACAAGAUCAUGCUUGAGUUGAAGCUAACCAAAAGCACCUCCAACGUGAUGGAGAGUGCCAAGGCCCGGGACAAGCUGGUUUCCCUGCUAAAAGACCACGAGCGCUGCUCAACUGAGGUUCGGGAGCAUCGCAGCACCAUUCAUGAACUGGACUUUCUUCUCAAGCAAGUGCAGAAGGAAAUAAAAGCUCUGAGGACCAAAGGCAGUGGUGCUGAAGAGGAAUACGCCAAAUCCUUAACGGAUCAGACCAUGAUCAGCCAGCUUGAGAACCGGCUGAGCACCGCCAUGAAGCGUUUCAACACGGUCAACAGUGAAAACUACAAGAUGAGGCUGGAGAUAGACCGGCUGCUUAGAGACAGGCAAUCAUUCAACGGCGUGUGGAAGACCCAGAUCAAACGACUCCUGGACGGAAAGGCAGCUAUUCUAGAACUGGUGGAACAAGCUAUUGCCGCUUAUGAUCAGAGGGAAGAAUGGUGUUCGAAGCUGGAUGGCAUGAAGGAGCGUGCAGCUAUUGACUAUAGGAAACACUGUUUGGAAGUUCGUGAGCUCCAAAGGCAGCUCGACCACAGCAUGAAACUCGAAGAGUUCCUGCGAACCAAGGGCACCGUCAGACUGACAGCGGCUGACGCCAAGGCGGAGGCCAAGCGACUUGAACAACAAGAGGAGGAGAUGAGGACCUACAACAACUAUGUCAACAUCUUGGACGCUAUACGGGAGUUUGCAGGAGAAGAAGACGUGGACAAGCUAAUCCUAGAGUUCAACAGACGAGAAGAAGAGAACUACGCACUCUUCAACUAUAUCAACGAGGUCAACACAGAGCUCAAGAACCUGCACGACAACGUACGGUCGCUCAGGACAACCAUAGAUGAUGAGCACGCCAAGCACCAAGCCAAGCUAUCCAAGCAGCAGGACAGCAUAGAAUCCCUUCGCGCCACGUUGGACGAGAAAAGACAAGCCACGGCCAAACUGCGGGAGGAGUAUGCUCGCAGUGAUGCAGUGCUGAACAAUCUGUUGCAGCAAAUACAGCAGUUGGCUCAUGCAUCCGAUUGUAACUCGUUGCCGCUAUUGAAGUUGCUUGGAAAGUCCGUGGAUGUGAACGUGUCGAACGCGCGUUUGUACAUCAAGAGCUUGGAGAAGAAAAUCAUGGAGGUCGUGGAAAUCAUCAAGAUAGAUGAGGCCCUCACUCGCGCAGCAGAAGCCAAGGAGCGCACUCCGCCGUCGUCGCGGCGCCGGCGCCGGCCGCCGCCCUCCCCGCGCGCGCCGCCCACCCCGCGCCCGCCCGCCGCACCGGCGCCGCUCGCAGGCGCGCGCGCGCAGCCCGCACACGCAUAA